GUUUAUUUCUUAUAGGCCACAUGCGGAAUUGUUUAUAUUGAGUAGAAUAUAAUGGAUUCAAAUAACGAUUCUGCUUUACGCAAUUUGUUACAAGUUGCCAUACAUGAUAAACAGCAAAAUCCGCACAGCACUAUACAGCCACAGCAACCGGCCGUCACACCGAUUAUUGAACCAAAGGAUGUGCAACAUGAAGUAAAACUGCAAAAUGUCGUGGCCACAGUUUCGCUCGCUUGUGAAUUAAAUCUUCAGGAUAUAAAUUUUCGCACUCGUAAUUCUGAAUAUACCCCAUCUCGCUUCCAUGGCGUUGUAAUGCGUAUGCGAGAGCCACGCUGUACGGCGCUUAUAUUCCGCACCGGCAAAAUAAUUUGCACAGGAGCACGCAACGAAGCAGAAGCAAGUUUGGGCGCUAGAAAAUUUGCGCGAAUACUACAAAAACUUGGAUAUCCCGUGAAGUUUGCAGAUUUUAAGCUGCAAAAUAUUGUAGCGACUGUGGAUCUGAGGUUUCCUAUACGCCUUGAAAAUUUGAAUCAAAUGCAUGGCCAAUUCAGCUCAUAUGAACCCGAACUGUUUCCUGGACUAAUAUACCGCAUGGUUAAUCCACGUAUGGUCCUUUUAAUAUUCGUAAAUGGAAAAAUAGUGUUCACCGGAGCCAAAGCGCGAAAGGACAUAAUGGAUUGUUUGGAUAAAAUAUAUCCUGUCUUGUUAAGCUUCCGUAAGAAUUAAGGCAAUUGUAUUAUAGAAAAUUAUUUAAUUAUAUUUUAAUGAGUAUCGUGUGUAAUGUUAACCUUAUUGUAAUAUUUAUGAAAGUACUUUUAUAUGAUGUUUAUGCAAAUAUUUUAAAUGAUAAAAUUAAAAAUGAUAAAGACGCUGCACAAAAGAAUA